AAAACGCAGCCAAAAACAACGACCCGUUCCCACAAGCCAUGAGGUUUCCGCGGCUCCAUCGAGGCGCCGGACACAACGUCGUAAGCUUUUCCAGAGCUGUCGCAGCCGACCCAGUCUGAGGAGGUGGCAGGUCAUACCCGGGCGGCGGCAGCAUGAACGAGAUCGCGCCGCCGCCGAAGUACCGGCUCAACCUGCGCGUGGUGCUCAUGUCGGUGCUCAUCUGGAUGGGCACCUUCCUCGUUUUUGCCGCGAUAUCGGUCACCCUCGCCAUCACCACAAAUGCAAUGUACUUUCUCUUCAUCAUCAUGGGGUUGGUGGUGUCGACGUUUGCGAUGGCCUUCUACAAACCCGAGGGACCGUGGGAGCCCCUGAUGCCGUACAGCCGGCUCUGCGAGCCCAGGCUCGAGACUCACGCACCCGUGUACGUGGAAGAGAAGUCGGCCGUCUACCCGCCUUCGCCGUCGGUCAAGAGCGUCACACGCUCGGACCCUUGGCUUUGCACCAGCGCCAAGACCACGCUGCGCGGCUCUUUCUCGUCCCCACGGCUGCGCGCGCAGGUCGACGACACGUGGCCUGCGGCUGCGGCACCGCCACGCAACACGACGGCUCGCCUUCCAUCGGGCUUCCUGCCUCUGGCGCCCGCGGCCGUGGUGCGCAGUCAGUCGACGACGACCCUCGACAGCCCCAGCCAGUGCGAGCAGGUGACGAAGGUGAGCUGUCACCAGCCGUACGGCUGCUACGAGAGCCGCGUGCUACGAACGACGUACGAAGAGUUCCACAGGGUGAGCGAUAACAUCGAGACCAUCGAGUGCAUCGAGAGGUCAGAGGUGGUGACCACGGAGACUGCUGCCGCUCCGAGUCCCGAGCCGCCCUCGACGACGAUCCAGAUGGAGGAGCCGGUCGAGCCAGCUAUGCCCGAGAAGAAGAAACGGCGUCUUCUGUGGAACAUCUUCAGUCGGAGCGACGACAAGACCGUCGUCAAGGAGUUUCCCGUGAACAAAAGCGAGGACAGCGAAUCCAAGGCGGGCCUCCUGGAUGAAGAGCCCUCUGCGCCGACAGAUACGCCGUACUUCUCGAAGGGACCGAGAGGCAUCGCCGACUCACCGGAGUUCUCCAAGGUGGUCGCCAACAUCGAGCGAAACAUCCACGAGGCGACCAACCCUUACGGCAUCUUGCACAAGCCUAAGGCGGAUGACGUGGCCGCGGCCUCUCAGAGGAAGUCGACCCACGAGAGGAAGACUACUAAGAAAAGUACGUCCAAAGGUGAACAAGCCCUGGCAGUUCGCCACGGCAAUGCUCCCGAACUGGAGCAGACUGCCGCAGCCAAGGUCAUGGGCAUACUGAACUCGUCGGAGUCCAGCCCGUCAUCUUGCGGAGACAGCGGCGCCGCCGCCUCUGGCCUUCCCUCCUUCUGGAAAGAACCGACGUCCCCGCUGCCUGAUGACCCUUCUCCAGGAAGCAGCAGCCCCAUGGUGAGCGGACCGGCGUCGUCGGGGUUGUCUUCCGGCGGAAGCCGCAUAUCGCUGGUCGGCUCCACGCCCCCCAAGGACGCGGACCAGCAGUACCUGACCGAGGGGUUUUUCAAGUCGCGCUCCAGCUGGGACGAGCGAUCGCAUCCGGACUCGACGACGCCAUUCCGGUCGAACAACGCGAUCGAAGGCAGCGUCAGCCAGACCAGCAGCCAACGCACCGCAGCAUCUAAGAUGGCCGCCUCUGCCGCGCGCUCUGAGGAAAAGGAGAUCUGGGCCUCACCGAGCUGGAGUCCGGCGAGGAACAGCAGCAACGCGGGCGGCGAGAAGGCGAGCCAGACGUCGCUGCGCGACUACUGUCCGCAAUCCAGCGGGGACGACCACUUCCGGACGUCGCCGCUUGUGAAGGCCAACCUGGUGGAGGUGACCGUCAUCAACAACCCGCCACUGAAUGACAAGGGUGCCGGAGGCAGCAGGUGCGCUCUCCAGAGCGCAGAAGGUGGUGCGGAGAAGGCCCCAGCCUUCUAA